CUUACCGAUGCAGUCAAUUACUUCAAAACGUGUCGUCUGCGCUUGAGAAGAGAAUUCGGAUAUUCAGAACUCAGAUGUUUCAAUUUUCUUCGACAUGUAUUGUGUAUAAUUAUAUACAUGAUUCACGUUAAAAUCUCUCUCAGCUGUUUACUUUGAAUUAUAUAAUAAUCCGUCUCUUACUAAAAUACGAAAUAGAAGGAGAAAUCAAAUUUCUGAAAUCUAACAUUGCAUCUACCGAAACAGUGUAAUCAUGGGCAACGCUGUUACCACGGCAUCUGUGUCAGCUGCUGAUGUGAUAGUACCAAUAUCUCAACAAAUCGUUAAGCCGGAAUCCCAUAGGACAAAGAAAUAUCAAGGUGAACCACCAUCGGAAUGUCCCAUGCACAAGUCAGGUCAAUUAAAUACUAUAAAUUAUGUCAGCGAAUGUCCAAUAGACAAAAUGGAUGAAAGCGAAAUAAAUCCAUUAAACAUGAUGCCACCAGCAAAUCAACAGCCUGCACCAGACCAGCCAUUUCCCUUGCCAACUGCUAGACAAGUUUCAUCUAUACCUAAAGCAUCUGGGAAAGAGGGAGAAUUUUGGGUAUAUCCCUCUCAACAAAUGUUUUGGAAUGCUAUGUUGAGAAAAGGAUGGCGAUGGAAGAGCGAUGAUAUAUCUUCAAAAGAUAUGGAUGACAUAAUAAAAAUUCAUAAUGCAAACAAUGAGCAGGCAUGGCAAGAGGUCCUUAAAUGGGAAGCUCUUCACGCGCGAGAAUGUGGUAAUCCGAAAUUACGUAGUUUCGGUGGAAAAGCGUCGAAAUAUUCUCCACGUGCGCGUAUUCGCCAUUGGAUGGGAUAUGAAUUGCCAUUCGAUCGACAUGACUGGAUUAUAGAUCGUUGCGGUAAAGACGUAAGAUAUAUUAUCGACUAUUAUGACGGCGGCAAAAUUGAUGAAAAGUACACAUUUGCGUUACUCGACGUGAGACCCGCAAUGGAUUCGUGGGAAAAUAUUUGGGAUCGGAUGAAAGUAACGUGGUGGCGUUGGAGGUACCAACCUAACAAUGAAUCAGUAUCAACUGUCACGCAUUAAUUUAUUUAGCGCUAUAUAGGAUAUAUUAGUCUGAGAAACUUUUAAUGAAAUGAUAAUUAAUGCCUUAUAUUUAAUGAUA